GUCUUCGAAGAUUGUCAAAUCUCAGCCGAGUUCGUCCCUGCGCCAUGCUGUCUCAGCUUGCCGUCCUUGCUGUCCUCUUCGCUUCGGGAGAUUGCUUCCGCGCUUCUACGGAUUUGAAGGACCAGGAGUGUCAAGAGAGUCAGACCAAUCCUGAAUACUUCAGUGAAUUGAGGAGCAACGCUUUCAUCACGGAGUGCAGCAAGAAGGACGUGUGUUUACUGAUGCGUCAGCUGGAUGCUUACUUCUACGCCCGUGCACUCAAGGGUGAGUUGGUGGACUAUGGAAAACCUCCAGGAGGCAGAUUUCUGGCCAGUGGGAAUUGCAAACGACCUCUGAACUCCAAGAAAUUGGUUCCAGUGACUACCAAGGAAGAAUGCCAAAAAAUCCUUUCCAAACAUACCAAGAAGAAGAUGAAGGUCAUCCACUCCACCAAGUACCCUGCGGGUUGCAUCAUGGAUUUUGUCACGAAACGCGGUCGUUUCAACAAAGCCGACACCAACGUCGAUGCGGGGGUCAAGUACAUUCGGGUUGGCAAAUCUCGCAUUUCUGCACAGCGAAAGAAGACGGACGUCCGGCAGUACUGCUAUGAUGACUAUUCAUUGGAUGAGGCUGCGGCCUCGUACUACUCACCUUACAAGUUGAAGGCAAGCAUGGCAGGUCGCCCUGAAAUGUCCACCAGUUGUUCCUUCGGAAUGAUGGCCGGCCUCAGCAGGGUUGGCUUGACCGAUAGCCCCUGCGCGAGCAUCUUGGUGGGUGAGCAGGGCACAAAGGCCAAGAAUGUCCUCAUUGAGCAGAUCACGAACCACUGGUGCCCAGGAAUUUGGCACGAAGCAAUGGACAAAGGCGCAACUUGCUCAGCCGAUCGAUUCCCUAGUUGGGCCAAGCAUGGCUUUGUCCAGGACGAGGACGAAGAAGGCAUUGUGGAGCGUGCCGAAUAUCUCGUGAGGGGCAUCGGAGGGGAGACUAAGGAGGAUUUGAUGGACUCCCGAACUGCCAAGAUGGGCUUGCCUGAAGGUGUUUGUGAAAACAUUGAAGAUGAGCUCUUUGAUGGAAUACUUUCAGGCAAAGGAGAUGAGGCACCUGACUUCUUCAGGGAUGCCAUGGUGAAAUAGGAUGAAAUAGGGGCAUCCACUAGCCGCUAGCCAUCGCUAGCCAUCCUGCGCUCCGUUGCUGAGAUGGCAGUUGUCAAUUGAUUUCCUUUAGAUAGAGCCAAGUUCGUCUCGGCCAAGCUCAGCCGAAAUCGCAGCGGCUUCAAGCUCCAG